GUUCUAUUUCUUAGAUCCUGAAAACCAACCGAGUUAAUCUCAUAAAGAAAAUGAAGAAAGAAGCUGGCGUUUACCGUAGUUGGAAAAUGAAAAAAGAUGUGGAAGUUAACAAGCUUCUACAGAAUGACCGAAAAAGACAAUUUGAAAUCCAAAAGCUACAAAGAGCUCAAGAAAAGCAGCAGGCCAUACUUAAAAGGAAAUCUGAAGAGGCUGCAGUUGCAAACAAAAGAUUAAAAGAGGCAUUAAAGAAGCAAGCUCUUGUCAGGAAUGAUCGCAACAAUAAUUUUGAAAGAUAUGACGCUAGUGCAAAUGCAACAAAAUUAAAGACACUAUUGGAACAAGAAUUGGAAGUGAAAGUUCGAGUCCAGGAAGCAAAAUACCACUUAAAGAAUUUGGUUGAAGACCGAAAAACUUUGUCUUUGGAGUUGAGGCGCUUGAAAAAUUCAGAUCCACCUACAAAGAAACGUAUAACAACUGAUGGUGAUGGCAGUCCAAAGGAGGUGAACAUUAGUAUCAUAAAGUUAACUGAUGAAAUUAAUGACAGAAAUGUUCAAAUUGCCACUCUUCAAUCAGAAAUCCAAGAGGCAGAAAAUGAUAAAUUCAAAGGAUGUGUUGAAACAAUCCGUAGCAUCAACGAUUCUAAAGUUCUUUUGAACUUUUUAAUUGAGAAGAUAAGAUUUUUAUAUUUUUCUUAUCUCAACCGUUAA